AAACUGUGAUGCUGCGCCCGCUAUCGCCCAUUCUUUCGUCGGCGUUCGAAUACGCCAGAGAUCUUGACGAACUUGAUUAUUGAGCAAUUAUAAAUAGGUAAUGCUGAUUCUAUUUACUCAUCUUUCUCCAACCAUCCUUUUUCUUUUUCCUCUUUAUUCUAGUCAUCUUUGGCCUGGUGCCAUUAUCCCAAACAGAUUUUCUAAAGAAUCACUUGCCACUGGUUUGGCAAUUUUGCGAAUUCAACCAUGUUUCGUUCCACUUUUUUCACGCUUUUCUGGUUUGUAGUGGUCGUGCAAGCUUUACCGAUUGAAUAUGAUUUGAAGCGGGAUAUCUAUUUAACUUUGCCAUCUUCAUCAAAAGCGGCAGAAGCGGAUGGAGCAGGGAAUGUAGCUGGACAAAGUUCGUUGUAUACUCUGGGUGAUGGUCAAGUGAGCUCUGCACCUGCUUAUGUUACAACGUCUUCUCCAAUGAUUAUGGCUCCUGCUACCACAACAGCUCAAGAUCCAACAGCACUUUGGACAGUUCCAAUGAUUCCUUCUGGACAGUUUAGUCCAAUGCCAAACAUCGUUCAUCAUGUUGUUUCAACUAUUGCAAUUCCUCAAUCACAGGCUGAAAAGCCAAAAGAGGGCGAAAAGAAAGAAGGUGAGCCUCCUAAGCCAGAGGAACCCAAGCCAGAGGAGGGCAAACCUGCCGAACCAAAGCCUGAAGAGCCCAAACCUGCCGAACCAAAACCUGAGGAGCCAAAGCCCGCAGAGCCCAAACCUGAAGAGCCCAAGCCGGAGGAGCCCAAGAAAGAAGGUGAACCUAAACCUGCCGAUCCACCAAAAGCACGUAGGUCUUUGCGUGGUUCAACCGGCAAACAGAUUGUGAAACGACAAGAAGAUGACAGCGGCACAUGUGCAUCUGAACAAUACAUCGUUCCGGUAACGUAUACAGAACUUCAAGGAUUGAAUGAAGGAACGUUGAAAUUACAACGUUUAGGAAGUGAUUCAAGUCCGGAAGAAGGAUGUGAUGGUGCUGAUGUGAUUGUUGCACCUGUUUCGGAUGAACAAAUGGAAGAGAUUCAAGCGGGUACUUUACAGCUUGUGCCACUUGAUGAACCUGGUCAAGUUUCCUUGGAGCCGGUUGUAGCAAGUACAGGCGAUGAUAGUGAUACAGCUGCUUCAGGCAAUGAAAAACCAGAAUCAGGUCCUAUGUAUGACGUCAUCCCAACAACUCCCUCUCUCACCGAUGAAGAAGUUCAAGAUGUCGUUCAAGAUUUCACGGCAGGAAAAAAUCUCUUGGAUCAACAAUAUCAAUCGGAAGCAGAUGAUGUGAGAAACAUUGCUGGAAGUCUGAAAUCGCAAGGCAAAUCUAUCAUCGGAGACGAUCAAGAUAUUCAUAUCACUCUGAGACGCCGUGAUCAUAUGAUUUAUGUUGAACGCAAGCCGCAAGCAAAACGAUCUGUUGAAGGUGUGUACAGGUAAGAUUAUUGGAAGUGGGAGUGAGGAUCAGUGUGUGCAACAUGUAUUCAUCAUCUCUUUCCUUCCUCUUAGAUCCUAAGGCAGACGAAACCAAGCUCAUCGGUAACGGAGCAGGAAAGCUAAAAUACGGCCACAA